AUGUACAACUCCCUGCUGGCAACAAAAGAUUUUGUCUCUUGCAUUCAAGCCAAUGUGACUGUUGUGACUGACUUCCUCUUCGGUGGGGGUGAGAGAGGGUUCUACCUAGAGCUGGUCUUCCUAUUGGUGGUCUACCUGAUGAUCCUGAUUGGAAAGCUCACCAUACUUACCCUGGUGGCGACAGACCCCAAGCUGCAGUCUGCCAUGUACAUUUUCCUCAGCAACCUGGCCCUCAUAGACACUCAACAAAAUACAUUUUUUGGUUCUGUGACUUUCCUCCCGUUCACUGUCAUUAUUUGGUCCUACUUCAGAAUAAUUUUAACCGUCUGCAAGAUUGCGUCUUCAGAGGGCCGUAUAAAAGCCUUCUCCACCUGCUCCGCACAUCUUACUGUAGUCCUCACCUUCCACCUCACUCACUCCUGCAUCUACAUCAGUGCCAAAUCAAAAAAAAAAACGUUCACUGUAAUUGUCCCUGUUAUGAAUCCUGUCAUCUAUAGUUUCAGAAACAAAGAGAUAAAGGCUGCACUGAGAAAGCUCUGUUCUGGUAACGUCAGCUCUUAUGGUGAAUAA